AUGAGGCUCGGACAUCUCCUCCCGCUUUUGGGCACCUCGUUGGUGCUCGCGCAAACUCUCGAUGACUACGAGUACGUUAUUGUCGGAUCAGGGGCUGGAGGAGGGCCGCUGGCCGCCCGGCUUGCCCUGGCAGGACACAAGACCUUGCUGAUCGAGGCCGGAGAUGACCAAGGUCUCAGCACAAACUAUACCGUGCCAUCGUACUCAGCAAGGGCAUCGGAAGACGGAGCUAUGGCCUGGGACUUCUUCGUACGGCACUAUGCCGACGAUGAGAGGCAAGCGAGGGACUUCAAGACCACUUAUGAGACGCCAGAUGGCAGCCUCUACACUGGACUUGACCCCCCUACAGGGUCCAAGAUCAAGGGCACCCUAUAUCCACGAACAGGCACCCUAGGUGGGUGCACUGCCCACAACGCCCUCAUUGCGCUGUACCCUUUCCAGUCCGACUUUGACUACAUCGCGCGUUUGACGGGUGAUCAAUCAUGGUCAGCGAAGAACAUGCGCAAACACUUUGUCAAAAUGGAAAACAACGGCUAUCUUCUACCCCUGAUUCCCGGACACGGCUACGACGGGUGGCUCGACACGGAAACGGCACCACUGACCAUUCCGUUGGCCGAUCCCCAACUUUUGAGCCUGUUCCUUGGCGGGGCAUUCGCCCUCGGCAACCUGACAAAGUCCGUCUUCAACAUUGGCAGCCUACUCCUGGGCGACGCGAACGCGGAUAAUCUCCGUAGAGAUACAGGGCCCGGGUACUAUCAGACCCCAAUCUCGUCCGACAAUGGCAAGCGCAUCGGGCCUCGAGACUUCAUCGUCGCUGUGCGUGACGCCAAGAACGGCGAUGGGAGCAAGCGAUAUCCCCUUGAUGUCCGCAUGAACUGUCACGUCACCAAGGUUGCAUUUGACGAGGCUGAGGACCCGCCACGUGCGACAGGUGUCGAGUUCCUGGACGGCCAGUACCUCUACAAGGCAAGCCCGCGUUCUCGCACCGCCGGCGCCGGCAAGCCCGGGUCGGUGAAUGCCACGCGGGAGGUUAUCAUUGCCGGCGGCGCUUACAAUUCCCCUCAAAUCCUUAAGCUCAGCGGUGUCGGUCCCGCCGACGAACUCAAGAGUUUCGGCAUUCCGGUCGUCGCGGAUCUACCCGGUGUCGGCACGAACCUUCAGGAUCAUUACGAGGUUGGUGUCAUUGGCAGAGCGCCGACGGAUUUCGCGGCGCUGAAGGGAUGCACAUUUGGUCGUGGUAACCAGGAUGACCCCUGCCUCGAGAGGUGGAAGAAGCCUGUCCUCGGAAACCGCGGGACAUAUGCCUCGUCAGGCCUUGGCGUAGCCAUGCUCUACAAGUCUUCAGUGGUGGCCGGCGACGAUUGGGACACGUUCAUCUUUGGAGGGCCUGUAAACUUCCAGGGAUACUUCCCAGGAUACAGUUUCAAUACGACGUCCGACCCUGACCUUUACACAUGGGCGAUCCUCAAGGGCCACCCCCGCAACACGGCUGGCACGGUGAAGCUCCUUUCCGCCGAUCCCCUCGACGUUCCGGAAAUUGUCUACAACUUCUUCGACACCGGCAGUGGUGAUGCCGACGCCGACAUCCAGGCCAUCUCCGAAGCUAUUGGUGUCGCCCGCGACGCCUUCAAGAGACAGCUUGUUCCCGUCGAAGAGAGGCUCCCGGGCAAGGAUGUCAACACGGCCGAGGAGGUUGCUACCUACAUCAAGGACACAGCUUGGGGCCACCAUGCGUCGAGCACCUGCCCCAUCGGUGCUGACGACGAUCCUAUGGCGGUCUUAGAUUCCAAGUUCCGCGUGCGUGGUGUGCAGGGGCUUCGUGUCGUCGACGCGUCUGUCUAUCCCCGGAUCCCGGGCACGUUCACAGCCGUUUCAACAUUCAUGGCGGCGGAGAAGGCGGCAGAGGACAUUCUGAGCGAGCUUUGA